AUGCUCAUACUUGUGGUGCUCACUGGACGGUCUUCAUUAUCUGAGGAUGCUAGGAAGACCAAGCAUACUGUGGCGUGGUGCAUGACGUCGGGUGGUUCAGAUAGCCUCAAGCACCCCACCAUGGACACCACUCUUUGGGAUGUUGUGCUGCGCCUGGAUGAGCUAGCAGUGAGCUGCACCGUGGAGCGCACUGCAAGCCGCCCAAGCAUUGCACACAUUGCCAACCGAGUGCAGGCUGUCAGGGAGGAGGUGGCGGGGAAAGAGGAAUCUGGCGAUGCCAUCAAGGUGGAUGCGCAAGUCCAGGAGGUGAAGGAUGUUGUUGCAGGUGAGGACAGUCUGGAGACAUAA